AUGAUUUCGUUGACCCGACUGGCGACUUGGCGACUUCGCCUUAGACGGCUUUGUGGCUUAUCACUAACUCCGCUCAGUUCGUAAGUCAUUCCUCUCUCGCCCUUUUUUUGUAAUUCUUGCUAUUUUUACAGACGACUAAGAAACUCGGGUUGUGCUGUUCCCAAUACUCCACCAAACGCGCCAAUCGAAAUGGAUCAGGUUGUGGCGAUGCGGGACUUUGUUGAACGUGUUGACAACUUUCUGGAGAAUGGCUUCACCGAGGUUAACAUGGAUUUUGCAGUGAGUUUUCAAUUCAAUUGAUUGGUUUUUAGAAUUGAUGGUUCUUUUUAUUGUCAAUGUUUGGAAAUAUAAAGCAGUCUAAAAGAUGGCGAAUUUGUCUAAAAAUGUUAUAAAAUUGAUUCAUCUGCAUUGCAAAGGUCAUUGUGUGAACUUUUUGAAUUGACUUGAAGAAUGUUUAUAUUUUUUAUCAAAGGAAAGGGAAUGGUUUUAUCGUUUUUGUGACAUUAAUGCUUGAGGGUUCAUUUCUCGUAUUGUUAUAGUCUUUUCAAAAAGCUUAUUGUUUUUUAUUUGAAGCUAAACAUAAAAGAUACUUUUUAGAAGCUCCGCAGCACUCAAGACGACUUCCAACUAGAGAAUGAGUACUCAAUGUCAGAUGGCUUCUCCAAUGUUCUUCUCAACAGAUAUCGUGAUGUUGUACCUUGUAAGUUGACAAUCAUACAUUUCAAUAUUUUUAAAAUUUAGAUAACAAGAACAGGAUAAAGUUAAAAGACCGCGAAGCUCCGGACGGAGACUACAUUAACGCAUCGUUUAUCGAAUAUCCAGAUGUGGAAAGGAAGUAUAUUGCAGCUCAAGCACCUCUGGCCAAUACUAUUGAUGACUUUUGGUACAUGAUUGGUCAGAAUAACAUUAAAGUAGUAGUCAUGUUGUGCAAAACAUUUGAAAAUUCAAUGGUAAGUUUUAUUUUUGUUUGCUAAAACCGUACUUUGAAGAUUUUGGUGCGUUUGACUGUUUAUUUGAUCUAAAUUUAUUAUUUUUAGUCAAAAUGUGUCCAAUACUAUCCAGAAAACGUGGGUGAAACUAUGGACAUUGCUCACGGUUCUGUAGAAACUUUGAAAGAAGACAAAUUUGAUGAGUUUUCGAUCAGGGAGUUGAAGUUUUCACACGAAAAGUUUGGUGAGAAUGUUAUUUAUCAACUUCAUUAUACGGAAUGGCCUGACCAUGGAUGUCCGAAUGGGUUGGAUCAGGUGUUCCGAUUUGUGGAGUUGAUGGACGAUUAUCAGAUCAAGUAUGCUGAAGAUAAGAGUCCGGUUUUGUUACAUUGUUCUGCUGGCUGUGGACGGACUGGCACGGUGGUCGGCGUCGACAUAUUCAGAACAUUAAUACGAGAAAACGUAAGUUUUUUUUGUUCUUUAAGGUCGAAAAGUUCAGAGAAUAACUAUGUUUUGAAUAUUAUUUAUUUUUCCUUUUUUUUGCAAAUUUUGCCUAAAGUAAUGACAACGGAAGGAUUUUUAAGUUUGUUCUACGUUUUAUGUCAUUUUUUUUGCUAAAUUCGACCUUAUCGAUGUAAAAUGAGUUUAAAUGUAGGUCUUACUGUAAUAUACAGUUAUCAAAUUUCAGAAAAUCAACACCAAAAUUGAUCUCCGCGAGUUCGUCCUUACCUUACGAAAACAACGAACUGCCUUCGUGCAGUCAGCCGUAAGUGAAUCGAUUAAAGGUAUAGUGAACCGAUUUCAGUCUCAAUAUCAAUUACUUCACAAAUUGGUGGCUCAUUACUGUAAAUUGGCGUUGGACGCGGCGGAUUCUGCGAACAAGGCGGAGGAGGUGGUGGAGAAAUGUGAUACCGAUGAUACGAACGUCGAUGCAAAGACGAGUAGCGAGAAUAAUCAACAAUUAGAGGAAGAGGAAACCGUAAGUUAAAUGACGCGUAAUUUGAGAGGUGUAAUCGGGGUGUAAAGUCGAAAUUUUAAACUUUUAGUAUACGAAAACUUUAUUUUUUGCAGAUUUUGUAAAUUUAAAAUUUUAAUAUUGUUACAAUUUGAAAGUUUAAGUCUAAUUACUACGUAACAAACUCAAUUUCAGGUCAAUGUCCGUCUCUAG